AAAUUUAUUGAAAGAUUCUAAUAGCGAUGCUAGUGUUCCGUCUUCUGCUUCGACGUCAGACAAACCGUCAUCAAGCCUAUCACCAAUCUAAAGAGCGAUUGAACCAAAGCUGGUGCAAGAUGAACAAAAUGAAAGAUUCUUCUGGCGGGAAGCAUUUCAAAUGUUGCAAGAAGAUGAGAGCGAUCGAAAGCUGCUGAGUGCAUACAAAGAUCUUUUACGGCAAGAGGGGGGUAUAGGUUAUCUCGGAGGUAAUGAUGCACUAGAUUACUUGUCAAACAUUAUUAUCGACAACCUCAAGUUGAUUGAUGAAAAUCAUUGGAAGGUUCAGAUGGGCAAUACUUCUGUGGAGGUCAAAACAGUUCUAAACAAAGUUGCCAAAGCAGCGCAAUAUGCCCAAUCCUUUGUUGGAUCAAUGAUGUCGGGAGAGCCUCAUGCCGCGAUGGCUUGGGCUGGAGUGAGCUUAUUCUUACCUGUAAGUCUCUCCGAAUCUCUAUACUACCUCUCAUUAUCCAUUAACAUCAUACUGCAGCUUUUAAUAAACGCAUCUGAGCAACCUAAAGCUCUUGUCGAUGGCAUUGUCUAUAUUUUCGAUAUUCUUUGUCGAUUUUCUGUGGUCGAGCAAUUGUAUCAAGAACAAAUAAGCUGCGCAACAGGGCCUCACAAGGCGAAUUAUUGCCCUUGAAAAGUAACCUGCAGAUAAUCCAUUUGUGAAACAAAUAAUUGAAGAAUCUAAAUAAGUAAAUUGCAAAUAAUCUGUAGUUUAUUUACAGAUAUCUACCAAUUUAUAAAUAAUCUAU